AUGUCACUGCACCUUUUGCGACAGGCCGCCGGCCCCGCAUUUAAUGCUCUACGGCUAUGCUCGAGCGCUGGUGGCGUGUACCAUCCGAAGCCAAUCGACCCCACAUGGGGCGAGAUGGCGAAGAAAGCCAUGAAAGGAAAGGAUCCUGAGAGUCUAAUCUGGCACACACCUGAAGGCAUUCCGAUCAAACCGCUCUAUCUCAAAGAGGACCGACAAUGUGACGAUCAUAGGAAACCAGAGGUACUAACACUCUUUCAUAAGUACUUCCUAGCGUGGGAAGUUAGCUGCGUGGAACCUGGGUUCGUCUGCGUGACGAGCUCCAUCACAGUCUAA